AUGAAUCAAAACUCAGCUGAAUCGCUAUUACGUAGUGCUUUACAAGGUAAAGGCUAUGCAAAGGGUCUACACAUGCACAAUGGUAUUACAUUAAUGUCGACAUCACCCACAGUAAAAGAUGAUGAAAUGAGGAGAAUAUUGUUUCCAGUCGAUACGGACGGCUUAAAUUUCUCCGAUACUUCACUAAGUGCUGCACAAAUUUUCGAUGAUACUCAAACUGCCAACGGUCAUAACCCCCAUAUGGUUGUGCCACAUUCACCUGUCACAAAUGGUCCUCUAACGCCAGUCACAAAUAAUCCAAAUAACAACAGUAAUAACAACGCCAGUAAUCAAGCCAGCAGCUUAAUAGUUGAUGACAUGUUCCUAACAUUAGAAAAUGCCUUUAGUGAUGAUUUUGAGAAAAUCAAACAGUUUUGUACAGCAGGAUCUAAUACAAAUGACUAUGGCGCAAAUGAUGUAAUGAUGCAAAUUUCUCCAAAUGGUAAUGCGACAACACAGUCAACAAAUGCCAACACGGGCAGCAUACAAGCAGUGACAACAACACAUCAGCCAAUGCUGACAAGCCUACAUACGUCAGCAAUUGCCACAACACCAAAUAAUGCCUGUAGACUAUCGACUCCAGUAGGCGGUAUGGCAACAACAAUACCAACACAACAGCAGCAGCAACAACCACCACCUCAGCCAUUAAAACCGGAAGUGACUACUUCAACACAGCGUAUUGUCUCCACAGCGAAAGUAACGAAAAAAUACAAACGUUCAUUAUCAACAGCUCAUCAUAAUAACAACAACAAUACAAAUAUCAUUAAUCAUAAUAACAACACAUCGAAUAACAACAAAGGAUCCUCAAACAAUAUGACACUAACAAAUGGUCAAAAUCGUAAUGGCAAUAAUUCAAGUAGUGGUAGCAGCACCAACAGCAGUAACAGUCCCACCCAUUGUAAUGGCUUGGUGGCUGGUGGUGGGGUCAUGGGUGGUAACACCGCUACCACCAGCGCAACUAACAACUCUUCCACCACCUCCUCGUCGUCUUCGUCAUCUUCUGCGACACCAGGACAACGCAAAGAGCGCUCCCUACACUAUUGUUCCAUAUGUUCGAAAGGUUUUAAGGACAAAUAUUCCGUUAAUGUACACAUACGAACCCAUACCGGUGAGAAACCCUUCGCAUGCACUUUGUGUGGUAAAAGUUUUCGUCAAAAGGCUCACUUGGCCAAACACUACCAGACCCAUAUGGCCCAGAAAAAUAAUGGCAGUUUGGUAAAGGGUAGUUCGGGUAAACAUCACCGUACUUCCAGCGCACAAAAUUUAAAUACAUCCGCCCUUGCAUCACACAAUCAUCCAAGAUCUUUAAGUUUAGCAAGUGCACCAAACACACCCUCAUCGAUGGCCGGCUCUAGUGUGGGUGGUUUAGUCAGUGGCAUUCUGUCGUCAAGUGGUUUACCACAAUUGGGUGUUACCGUUUCAGCGUCAUCGGCUCCUACAACGCCCACAACAAUACUGCCGCCAGCUAAUGGUUUGCUGACUAGCAGGUAGAAUUUAUUAGUGUUUAUUAUUUCUGUUUUCUUAAAAACAUUAAUUAGAGUAAAAUAUUAGUAUUAAUAAGUUUUCACUUCGAGUUUUAACUUUAUUUUACAUUUAACUAUCUUUUUGUUCCUAAUUUUUUUAUGUUUAAUUUUUAUUUCAAAAUGCUAUUUACACUCAAAGAAUUUAUUUUUAUUUUACUUUAACUUAAAAAAAUAAUCACCAUAAUUACGAAGGAAAGAACAAAACUGUCCAUAGUUUCUUAACGAAUUUAUUUUAACUACCCAGCGAAAACUUACACUGAAAAGAAAUGAGUUAAAAAGCAAAAAAACUGCCUUUUUGUAAGCGACCAUGCUCAGUACUUGCCUUCGUUUAAAAAUAAUAAUUUAUAAUGGCAAUAAAGAAGUUAAUAUAGGCUUUUUUAGCUUUUGAAUUAGCUACUUUUCAAUGUAGGUUUUUGCUGGGUUAUUAUUUAUUUUUUAUUUUUUGUUUAACUAUUAGUUUGUUUGUUUUUUUUAACUAUUUAAACUUAUUUUAUUCCUAGCGGUAAUUUGAAAAAUUUAAGGGGUUGAAUUUUAAAUUUGUGCAUCAAAUGAAAGUUGGAAGUUUAUUGGUCGGAAGAUUUGAAAUUCUUGUUCAGUCUUAGUUGUAGUUCAGUUCAAGUUCAGUUCUAGUUCAGUUC